CCAGCGGGCUCCGGCGCUCUCGUGGUUUUCCCCGCCGCCCAUGCUCCGGAUGGCAGCAAGUCCAGAGGAGGGCUCCCCUCCAGGAUGAUGGUUGCCGCGGAGGAGUGCCGAGCCCCUCUGUGCGGCCGGAUGGAUGCCCCCGCCCUCUCCACUGAAAGCCCUCCUCCCCGAGCCACACCCAUCCAGGACGGCCACCCCGCCUCGCUCUCUUCCCCUCCCCCUGCUCCCCCUUUUCGAUUUCCCCACCUGCCGCCUCGCGUCCUCGCUGCUUCUGCGCCACCCCGUAACUUUGCAUCAUGGUGACCACCGGUAUUUCCAAGAACGAGAUGUCGGAGAUCGAGCUCCGGCGUCUUGAGGAGGAGGCCUUCAGCACUGGCCCGAUGUCCAUCCUCCUGGAGGCCGUCAAGAACCAGUCCCAGGUUUUCAUCUCCUGCCGCAAUAACCGCAAGAUCCUGGCCCGCGUGCGCGCCUUCGACCGCCACUGCAACAUGGUCCUGGAGAACGCUCGCGAGAUCUGGUCCGAGAUGCCGAAGAACGUCAAGGAGGGCGAGACCCCGAAGCCGAUCAACCGCGAUCGCUUCAUCACCAAGAUGUUCCUCCGUGGCGACAGCGUCAUCCUCAUCCUGCGUAACCCCCCGGUCUAAGCCAUGGGGCCCUCUUUUUUUUUACCCCGCCUCUGUCGCAUGUAUCGGCACCCCGGGGCAAGGGGAAGACUUCCAGUCCGAAAGGAGAGGACACACGAGCCGCGGGCCGUCGCAUGGGCCCCCGCCUGCCUGUAUGCGCCCAUGCUCAAAGGGAGCCCCGCGCAUGUUCCCCCCACCCUGGGGAGGGGCUGGCCUCCUUCUUCAGAAAUACAACAACAAUGCACUCCGCAAUA